AUGAAGUCAACCGGUGUAAACGAGUCACUGACAUCAGGCAACGAAGCGGCGGUCCCAUCUGGUCCUGUCAAAACUGUAGAACUGGAGCAGUACCCAACUGGUCCUCACAUUGCUUCUCGCAUGCUCUUCACUGCUGAGAAUUCAUAUGGAGACAUAACUGACAAAGUUAUUGCGGAUUUUGGUUGUGGUUGUGGUACUCUUAGUGCUGCUGCUUCUCUUCUAGAUGCAGUUGUGGAUACUGUUGUGAUGAAUCCUCCCUUUGGUACACGAAAGAAAGGAGCUGCCAUGGAAUUUCUCUAA